GAAAUUGGUCUUAUUUUCUUAUCAUAAAAUUCAAAUAUUUUACAAUGCUUCAUUCAAUUGAUAAGGUGAUUCUGUUUUGUAUAUAUGCUCUCCUUCAUUUAUGUAGCAGUGAAGGAAAAAUAAAUAAGCAAGAAAUUGUAUCCGUGUCGGCGUUGCUAACAUUCGGGGACUCCUUCGUUGAUCAAGGGAAUAAUAACUACAAUGCAGCUAUAGGAAAGGCUAACUAUCUCCCAUAUGGAAAAGAUUUUAUGGGUGGAAAACCAACCGGAAGGUUCUCCAAUGGGAAAUCACUACCUGACUUUUUUGUGGAGGGAUUAGGAGUGAAGGAGUAUCUGCCAGCUUAUCUUGACCCUUUCCUACAAGAUGAUGAUCUUCUAACGGGUGUAAGUUUUGCUUCUGGUGGCAGCGGGUAUGAUCCAGUAACACCAAGAUUUUCGUCCGCUAUACCACUAUCGGAUCAAUUGAAUUUGUUCAAACAAUAUAUUGGAAAGCUUGAGACAAAAGUUGGCGAAGAAGCUGCGAUGGAUAUAAUAACCAACAGUGUCUUUUUGGUGGUGGCAAGUACAAACGAUCUCAUAAUAACCUUUCCUUUAAGAGGCAUACUCACAGAUGCUACUGAAUAUGACACCAUGUUGACAAACUUGACCUUGAGUUUUGUGCAGGAUCUAUACAAACUGGGAGCACGAAAGAUAGCUGUGUUUAGCGCACCACCAGUUGGCUGUUUUCCUCUUGAGAGAACAUUAUUUGGUGGUGUACUUAGAAUGUGUGUUGAGAAUUUAAAUGUAGCAGCACGUUUGUAUAAUAACAUGCUAAAACAACAACUCCCAAUUCUUGAAAGUAAUCUUCCUCAGUCAAGGGUUGCCUUUGUUGAUUUCUACAAUCCUUUAAUAGACAUCAUCAAUAACCCUCAGAAAUACGGUUUGGAAAAUACAAAUAGAGGCUGUUGUGGAACUGGAUUGGUAGAGGUGAUAUACUUAUGUAACAAACUCAGUCGAACAUGUCCGGAUGACUCUAAAUUCCUCUUUUGGGAUAGUAUCCACCUAUCGGAGAUCGGAUGCAACAUCUUUGCUAAUCAGAGUCUACCAGGUUUGGUGGGUAGUUUGUUCUAGAAUAAUCAAGGUUCCACGGGUGAGAGAAAUUGCGAUUGUGGAGAUAAUGCACUAUGUUUUAUAAUUAAAUAAAGCAAUUCAUCUAUAUUCACAUUCGAAUCCGAAUAAUGUAAAAGCUACGUUGUUGUCUGUCCAAUGUAUUUAUGUUUGUAUUUUGAUCUA